GGGAGAGGAAGAGGGAGGGAGGCGAGAGAAAGAGAGUGAAGAAAGAAAGAGAGAGGGAGAGGAAGAGGGAGAGGGAGAAGGAGACCGGUUGCAGACUGACUUUCAGACAACUGGAAGAGAGGAAGCUAAGAGAGAGCUUUAUCGUCGCCAUCUCAAUCAUGAAUUUGGAUGGGGAGUUUUGAAGAGUUUCUGCUGAGAAAGCCCAACUAUUACACUCAGAGAAGGAGGCGUGGAUUUGAACCCGAGGUGGUGCCACACCCAACCCAGCUGAUUCCAGAUGGAAGUGGAUGCGGUUGAGAAGCGCCAUCGAACUCGUUCCAAAGGGGUCCGAGUUCCAGUGGAGACGGCAGCACAGGAAUUAUUCAGCUGUCCUACUCCAGGCUGUGAUGGAAGCGGACACGUCAGCGGCAAAUACGCCAGACACCGAAGUGUCUAUGGUUGCCCCCUGGCCAAAAAGAGGAAGACCCAGGAGAAACAGCCUCUGGAGCCUGCCCCCAAGAGGAGGCCCUUCUUAACCCCUCACGACCCAGAGGAGGACACUGUUGCCAUCUUCCCCUGCUAUGAACCUGAACCCAUGGAUGAGAGGGAGGAGAAGGAGCAGGGGGAGUUAGAGGGGGAGAUCCAGGAGGAAGGUGAGGGAGAGGAAGAGGGAGAAGAGAUGGAGGAGGAGGAAGGAUUUUCGGAGGAUAACGAGGAGCAAGGUGAUGAGGAAGGGGAAGAGGAGGAAGAGGUGGAGAGGGAGAAAGCGGUAGUCAGGCCAGUAGAGAUAGAACAGGUGGAGGAUGGGAUAGAGGAUGACGAGGAAGCAGAGGAUGGGGAUGAUGAAGAGCAAGAAGAAGAGGAGGAGCAAGAGGAGGAGGAGGAUGAGGGUGAUGAAGAUGAACAUGAGGAAGAAGAGGAGGAAGAAGUGCACCAUGAGCCAGGGAACCGCUACAAAAAUAGUGGACAAUCAAGGCAUCACUCGAUGGGACAGAAGGACAACAACAACAACAACAGCGGCCCCGGUCCAAACAUCGGCCCUAACGGGGAAGAGUAUGAAAACUAUGAUGAGCUGGUGGCCAAGUCCCUUCUCAACCUGGGGAAGAUAGCAGAGGACGCUGCCUACCAGGCCAUGACCGAGUCAGAGAUGAACAGCAACUCCUCCAACAGUGCCGGCGAGGACGAUGAUGAUGAUGAGGAAGAGGGUAGCGAGCACGGCGGGAGCAGGAAGGGCGAGUUGAGCGUGGACCUGGACAGUGACGUGGUCAGGGAGACAGUGGAUUCACUCAAGCUGUUGGCGCAGGGCCACGGUGCCAUGUUGCCUGAAGAUGGCUGCCUAGAAGGGGUGGAUGACGGCGAGCAUCCCAACGGGCGGUCCCACCAUCAUGGGGUCAGGGGUCAGGCUGAGGAGAGCGAAGAGGAGGUGUGUCUCAACAGCCUGGAGUGUCUGAGGAACCAGUGCUUUGACCUGGCCCGCAAGCUAAACGAGACAUCUCCAUCUGACCGCCCUGGACACCCGGGCCUGCACCACUACCAGGCACAUCAGAACCACCACCCUCACCAGCCCCACCACCACCUACUGCACCAAACCGACCACCAGCACCAUCAGGCUCAGCACCAGCCUCAGGACCACCACCACUUGCCCAGGUACGAGAGCUGCCAGCAGGGCCAGCAGCCAGACGAGCGUGGGUCCCUGGAGCGCAACUACUCAGACAUGGUCAACCUGAUGAAGCUGGAGGAGCAGCUGAGCCCGGCCUCAAGGACGGGCUACUCGGCCAGCUGCCACCAGGACGGGGAUGAGGACACCACAUCGGUGGCCUCGGAUCGCUCAGAAGAGGCCUUCGACAUGACAAAAGGCAACCUGUCCCUUCUGGAGAAGGCCAUUGCUAUGGAGUCGGAGCGAGCCAAGGUCAUGAGGGACCGCAUGGCCUUGGAGGGACAUCAUGCGGUGGUCCGGAGGGACAAUCAUAAUCACCACCAUCGCGGCGAGCACAGCCCCCGACAGAGCAGCGGGGCUGAGGAGCGCAAGUCCAGAAUGCACCACGACGGGUCAAAGAGAGCAUACUACCCUAAAGAUACGAGGGGGGACAAGAAGGAGAGUAAGUGUCCAACCCCGGGCUGUGAUGGGACAGGCCACGUCACGGGUCUCUACCCCCACCACAGGAGCCUGUCAGGCUGCCCCCACAAGGACAGGGUGCCACCAGAAAUUCUUGCAAUGUAUGAAAAUGUUCUAAAGUGCCCUACUCCUGGCUGCUCGGGGCGUGGCCAUGUCAAUAGCAACAGGAACUCCCAUCGCAGUCUCUCGGGGUGCCCCAUCGCCGCUGCAGAGAAGAUGGUUAAAGUCCAAGAGAAGCACAUCCCAUGUGACGGGGGCCCCAAGUCCAGCCAGGCUUCAGAUCGUGUGCUGAGGCCAAUGUGCUUUGUGAAACAGCUGGAGAUCCCACAGUACGGUUACAAAAAUAACGUGUCCACCAGCACGCCGCGCUCCAACCUGGCCAAGGAGCUGGAGAAGUACUCCAAGACCAGCUUCGACUACGGCCAAGGCUACGACAGCCAGCACCACGUCUACAGCAGGGGGAAGACAGGCCUGGCCCCCAAGGCCCACGGACGGGACACGGACGACUCACCCAAAGGAUAUGAUGCCAAACACUACUGUAAGAGCCCAGCCAGCAGCACGACUAGCAGCUAUGCUCCCAGCAGCACGACGAGCAGAUACGCUCCCAGCAGCACGACGAGCAGAUACGCUCCCAGCAGCAGCAGUCUGAGCUGCGGAGGGGGAGGAGGAGGGGGCGGCAGCAGCGCCAGCAGCACCUGCAGUAAGAGCAGCUUUGACUACACACAGGAUACAGAGGCUGCUCACAUGGCCGCGACGGCCAUCCUCAACCUGUCCACGCGCUGCAGGGAGAUGCCCCACGGCCUGGGAAGCUGCGGGUGGUCGGAGCUGUUGGCCGAGAGUCCUGAUGGUGACAUGGAUGACAGCAGUACUCUCGACCUGAGUGUGAGCCGGGGGCAGCCGGGGGGUCCGGAGGGGAGUGGCACGGUGCUGACCCCCCUGCAGCCCAUGUCCACCCAGCGCCAGGCCCUGCUCAACAGCAGUCGCUGCUACCAGAUGAGUGAGGCCGACUGCUGGGACCUGCCCGUGGACUACACAAAGAUCAAGCGCAUCACUGACGACAAUCACAAAGAGUCUUCUUUUCUUUCAUCCCUCCACCAGGAGGAGGACCUGGACCCGUUCCAGGACCUUCUAGACGAGCAUCACUACGGAGGGGACGUGACCAUGCCCAGCCCAAAACACAAGUACGCCCCCUGCAAGGAGGGCAAGGAGGAGCUCAUCACUCUCUCCAGCUACCAGCUAGCUGACAAAAGCAUCUGCAGUAUGAUGAUGACCAAUGCGCAAGACCUCAAGUGUCCCACUCCAGGAUGUGACGGGUCUGGACACAUCACUGGGAACUACGCCUCGCACAGGAGUCUGUCAGGCUGUCCACGGGCCAAGAAGAGCGGGAUCAAGAUACUGCACAGCAAGGAGGACAAGGACGACCAGGAGCCAAUCAGGUGUCCCGUCCCAGGCUGCGACGGACAGGGUCAUGUGACGGGGAAGUAUGCGUCCCACCGCAGUGCAUCAGGCUGCCCCCUGGCGGCCAAACGGCAGAAGGAUGGCUACGUUAACGGCUCCCAGUUUGCCUGGAAGUCCGGGAAGACAGAUGGCAUGUCGUGCCCAACCCCAGGCUGCGAUGGAUCGGGACAUGUCAGUGGGAGCUUCCUGACACAUCGGAGUCUCUCCGGCUGUCCACGUGCCACCACAGCCAUGAAGAAAGCCAGAAUGACAGGAGUUGAAAUGUUGACAAUCAAGCAACGGGCAAGCAAAGGAAUAGAAAAAGAUGAGGAAAUCAAACAGCUGGAUGAAGAAAUCAAAGAUCUAAACGAAUCAAACAAUCAAGUGGAAUCAGACAUGAUUAAACUUAGGACACAAAUCACCACUAUGGAGACUAACCUGAAGUCCAUAGAGGACGAGAACAAAGUGAUUGAGCAGCAGAAUGACUCCCUACUGCACGAGCUAGCCAACCUCAGCCACUCUCUCAUCAACAGCUUAGCUAAUAUCCAGCUCCCUCAUAUGAAACCGAUGCCACAGAAAGAGGCCCCAGUUAAACAUAGCUGCUGUUUACAGAUGCCCCACAGAGAGCCAAUGAAUGAACAAAACUUUGACACUUAUGUGAGUACUUUGACAGACAUGUACACCCAUCAGGACCAAUACCAGAGUCCAGAGAACAAGGAACUAUUGGAGAACAUCAAACAAGCGGUGCAAGGCAUCCAAGUGUAGUAGCCCAUCUUCUGGCCAAAAGGCCCAGUCUGAGGCCAAAUCAAAUGAUGUUAAAGCAACAAAUAAAAGUCAAAAGAGAAUGGAUUAUGAUUGUUGCUGCUGUAAUUUACCGUAGUAUUUAUUUUAUUCAUUAUGCUGUAAUGCUCUGAGCUCCAUUGUAAUGGCUUUUCUGCCUUGCUUUAAAAAUAGUUCCCAAUGGCAAAAGUUUCAAAGAACAUUCACGUUUUGUACAUUUUCAUAUGACCUAAUAUAAUGUGAUGUACUGUUUAUAGCUGCUAAUGUAUGCACAUUUUAGUGUAUAUGUAUUUAUUAAUUGUAAGCUUGUAUCAUUCAUUAUUUUAACGAUAUUGAUAAAAAGGACAAAACUGAGUGCCACAGGUGGGGAGCCAGAUGAGGGCAAUGUGCGGACCAAUCAGAACUGAGUGCCACGGGUAGGGAGCCAGAUGAGGGCAAUGUGCGGACCAAUCAGAACUGAGUGCCACGGGUAGGGAGCCAGAUGAGGACAAUGUGAGGACCAAUCAUUUUUAGAUAAGCUUUUCUCUAAGUAUGUCAUAGAAAACAAAAAUGACCUUUGGUGUGAAGAUUGUUUAAUGGAUGUAAAUGUAUUGAUUUUUGUAACAAUGUUUGAAAAACUCUUUUGUCUUCAGUGGUCUGUGUGAACACUAAUAAUAAUGUCUGUGUUUAAAUCAAGUUUAAGAAGAAAUAUGUAUAAAUAUGACACAUUUUAAACAUCAUGACACGGAAACUGCUAACUGGUCCAACUCCCACAACCUAGAAUGACUAUACUUCAUUUACUUAGAAAUAAAACGUCUUAGUAAUCUGUGUUGUUAAAAACACAGUUAGAUGUCCAACUCCCAUAACCUAGAAUGACUAUACUUCAUUUACUUAGAAAUAAAACGUCUUAGUAAUCUGUGUUGUUAAAAACACAGUUAGAUGUCCAACUCCCAUAACCUAGAAUGACUAUACUUCAUUUAGUUGGAAAUAAAACGUCUUAGUAAUCUGUGUUGUUAACACACAGUUAGAUGUCUAACUCCCAUAACCUAGAAUGACUAUACUUCAUUUAGUUAGAAAUAAAACGUCUUAGUAAUCUGUGUUGUUAAAAACACAGAGCGAGAUGUCCAACGACCAAUGGCUAUGGAAAAUAUAAAGGAGACAAUCUAGCAUUACUAAUUUAUAUGAAUUCUAUUGAAUACUUAGUAGGACCACUUAUCAGCAAUAUUGGUAUAACAAUGAUUACAUCACUUGUUUAGAUAUGGGAUGCAAUCGAUAUAGAAAAAGUUUGGGUAUAUGCAAUUUCUUGUAAAUGAAAUUAUAGCUGAUAAAACUCUUUUUACUAACAAUGUAAAUGUAUUAAGUUUUGUAUAAAUCUUUUAAUACAAUCAUGUUUUAGAAAUUGAACAUGGGGAGAUCAGUUCCAAAAUGAACGAUGGAUGAGUUAAUGAGUUUCCUUCUUUUCAUGUUACAUUUUGCACAGGGACACCUUUGUUUCCAUGUUUUGAUGUUUUGGUUGAAACUUAAAGAGGUACUUGAAAGCUCAAAUUGAUGGUCAGAGGUUUUGUAGAAAAGUUAUCUUUACAACAGCUGAUUGAUGCGCUCGACUUACAGGGUCAACGUCCUUCAUUAAUCAUAGUAUAUUAUUGCACUUGUUCAGUUGAAAUGUCUUUGCGAUCAUGCAUCUAUGUGUCCGAGCCACAACACAUUACGUGAGAUAAAGACUGCUCUUUGAUUCAGUCCUAAAAGUGGAUAUAUUGGUAAAAAAACAUGUUAUUGAUAUCCAUUAUAACAGCAAAGAAUGCUAACCAACAACUAUGACAUUGGUAAUAGUAGUCCAUGAUUGUUUCUAUGAUUGAUGACAAUUUCAUGAGUAAAUUGCAAUCACUUUCUAUGAGACACCCUUAAUACAUGUAUUCAUAGUACGUAAAGGCCCAAUGCAGUCAAAAACAUGAUUUUUCUGUGUUUCAUAUAUAUUUCCGCACAAUGAGUUUGGAAUAAUACUGUGAAAUUGUGAAAAUUAUGAUAAUGCCCUUUUCGUGUAAGAGCUGUUUUAAAAGACUGCCUGAAAUUUCUGCCUGUUUUGGUGGGAUGGGAGUUUAGCUGUAAAUUAGUUAAAAGACUAAUAAGAAAGCGAGUUCCAAAUCUCUCUGCCAAUAACAGCUAGUUUUCAGUUUUCCCCUCCCCACUCAGACCACUCCCAGACAGUCCUAGAACAAUUAUUGCUUGAGAAAUUGCUCUUUGCUGAGAAGCUAUUUGUGUUUAUUUUUGACCAUUUUAAUUGAAAACAAUCACAGUAACCUACUUGUUUCCCAGAAAGGAUUUGAUAUUGUGAUAAAAACAGCUGAACUGGACCUUUAAAAGCACCAUUAUAAUGCAAUGUAAGUGUCAAUGUCAGCCCCCUAUAAUGGCGUUAUCUUUUAAACAUCAGCCAACUGCAGUAAUCUACCCUUACAUAGUAUGUACUUGUUACUAAUUCAAUUUCCUCUACAAAUUGGCAUAACCAUGCGACUUGCACUUGCUGAAGAUGACUCUACUAAUGGAUUAUAAAUGUGUUCUUAAUACAGUUUAUCGUGCAUGCACUUCAUGCGAGUAUGAAUAUGGGUAAAUAGAGAGAAUGGUUCACGUAAGACAAAUGUGGAAGUAAGUUUGUGUGUGGAGUCAACGAGACAGAGCUCAGUGAGUCAAGUUCACUUCAGACAUCCCUUUUUGAUAGUCAACCUGAGGGUGCUAUUGUCAUUGACCUGAUCUCACUGGUGGAAUGUGGACUUCUACUAGACUAGAGGUCCACAUUCCAUAUGACUCCUCAUGUCUGUGUCUAAAGCUUUGUGUCAGCAGCUUAUUGCCAAUAUAGCAAAGCUUUAGACAGAUCGACAGCUUCUACUAUUUUUCUUUAGUCAAUUAUUCUUACUGAUACAAAGGAAAUGGGAAUUUUAAGCACAAAUCUGCUGCUCACCAACAGUCAGUUCAUAUUGUAAUAUCAAAUGUUAAAGUUUAUCUGUAAUUAUUUACAUACAGAACACUAACAUGUCACAUGCUAGAAUGCAGAAUAAUUUUCGUAUGAAUAUUUGGGAAUUCGUGAAUUUAUUAAACUGCUACAAUUAUAAUUUAUUUUGAGUAAUGCUUUGAUGAAAAUGAUUUUCUACUAAAUGUAUUUCCUUCUCUCCUUUCCCCUGCCCCCUCUUGCAAACUUUCCAACUUCAUUUUGGUACCACAUGGCAUGAUUUGUGUUGAUCUAUAAUUUUUGUUGUAUAUGUUAAAAAUCACAAGUUGCUAUGAUAUUUCAUUUGAAAUUGUGAUGUUUGUACAAUUUUUAUCAUGCUGGUGUUAACAUCUCUUACUCUGAAUAAAACGUGUGUUGCAACACUAA